UGUUGGUGAUUUGAUACAAUCGAUAUUUUUUUUCGAAUCUUCCCAAAUUAUAAAUACGAUAUUCGAAUUCGAAUCCAUAAUCAUUUUGUGAAUUUGAUUUGAAACUAAACGACAAUCGAUCGAAAAAACUAUGGCACCAAAAAUUGGUAUCGUCGGAUGUGGCCUUAUUGGUCGAAGUUGGUCAUUAAUUUUCAUUGCACAUGGUUUUGAUGUACAUCUUUUCGAUGUUAAUGUGGAACAAAUUGAUCAAGCCGUAAAAUGGAUUGAAGAACAUUUAAAAAAAUUAGAACAUGAUAAAUGUUUACGUGGAAAUCUUUCCGCUUCAGAACAGCUAUCACAUGUUCAUAAAGCGAAAACAUUGUUGGAAUGUGUUGAUGGUGCUGUUCAUAUCCAAGAAUGUGUAUUCGAAGAUUUGGAUUUAAAACGUAAAGUUUUUCAUGACGUUGAUCAAAUUUGUUCGGAUAAUGUUGUUAUUUGUAGUUCAACAAGUUGUUUUUUACCAUCCAAAUUAUUUGAUGGUUUAAAACAUAAUAGCCAGAUGAUUGUUGGACAUCCAGUUAAUCCACCUUAUUUUGUACCAUUAGUUGAAAUUGUACCAUCAAAAUGGACAAGCCAACCGGUUAUUGAUCGUACACGUGCAUUAUUCGAUAAAAUUGGUCAAAAACCAAUAACAUUGAAAAAAGAAAUUGAAGGUUUUAUUGUUAAUCGUAUACAAUAUGCCAUACUGAAUGAAUGUUAUCGUCUAAUUGAUUCGGAUGUAAUCACUGUCAAUGAUGUGGAUAAAGUAAUGUCGCAUGGUCUUGGUAUGCGUUAUGCAUUUAUGGGACCAUGGGAAACUGCUCAUUUAAAUGCUAAUGGUAUGCGAGAAUAUUUUGAAAAAUAUUCACAAGGAAUUUAUGAUGUAAGUCGAACAUUUGGACCUGUUCCAAUGAUGAAAGGAACGACAGCCGAUUUGAUUGUCAAAGAAAUGGAACAAACAAUUCCCGUUGAUCGUUUGGAACAACGUCGAAAAUGGCGUGAUGAACGUUUAAUUGAAUUAUCAUCGAUCAAACAAAAAGCAAACAAAUAAUUUUGUUUGGGAAAAAUGAAAUAAAAUUUUUAUUCAAUCAAUU